CAGAAGGAGAUGUUGCCAAAUUCGGCAUGCGUACUCGACAAGAGAUGCCCGCGAGUAGUCCAAGUCCAGACGACAUUAUCUACUCGCACUCGCAGAAACAGGAGAGCGACGCUGACCUAAAAAGAGCGUUUUCUUCGAUGCGCGUCAGCGCCUCGAACGAAGCUAGUGGCGCUGGUGCGAGUGGUCACCCGAUGGCAACUGUUCUUCUUGGAGAGCCACAGGUUGGAUGCGAGUCAACAUCGCCUAGAGAAGAAGAGAAGAUGUCACGGCAAAGGGCAGAGACAGACGACCAGCAAGUAGCAGUGGAGAAACCACAUCAGCCUGCAAAUGAAUUUUGGUCAUGGAAUGCCUUCGUGGAGCAAGCACAGUCUCACGCAUCCUUGAUGAUGUGGUUUGGAGCUACCUCGUCUAGUAAAACAUCAAGUGCCAGUGCCUCUACCAAGUUCAAAACGCCAACUAUCGCCAUGGGGAUAGCAGCGGCGAUGCAGACGCCUGCCAACCCUUCAGAUCGAAAGCUUAGUGGGGAAAGUGGCAUGUUCUUCCGGAGCAAUGCUGGUAAAAGCGGAAGGAGAGCCGGAGGCGAUGCAACCGCGAGUACAGCAAAUGCAGAAACAAAGAGCUACUACAGUGGUCACGAGAAGGAGAACCAGGAGGUGAAGAGGGAAGAGCCAUUUGGUGCCUCCAGUGACCCUAAUGCUCGUAAAAACCACGAUGCCUCUGCUUCGCAGACCUCAAGUCUCGCCGUUGCGUGCUCCAGCACGCACCCAGUCCCUUAUCCGGCUGCCGAAGUACACCAGCAAAAAAAGGGAGAUUGGGUUGCAGCUUUAUUCAGUCACUUGGGUCUUGUAUGUUGCCUAGAUCGACGGGCUAUGGAGGACGAAGAAGGAAAUGCAAAUGCUACACCCUCUUCGCACCAGCAGAAAGCGGUACAACAGGGCACAGGUCAUAAACUACAGAUAGCCGCACGAAAAAUGGCCGCAUCGCAUAGCUCCAAGGGUACAACCAACAAGAGCGCAGGUUCCUCGUGUUUUCCUCAUGCUCCUAAAGAUCAUGUGGUCGAUCACAUGACUCCAUCUCCAAAAGUUAAGGCAUCUUCAACUUCAUUAUGUGCUACCGUAAACUCUUGUGCGAACGAGCAGCACGACCAGUUGCAAUCCUCUUUCGGUUCUCUAUAUCCUGCAAGUAGCACCACAGGAGGUGACCGCGGGUCGUCACCGGCAGCAGAUCAGUACGCGCUGCGCGGCCAAUCCGCACAGGCUUUGGUGUCGACAUCGCCCUGCUCAGGAUCGCCCAAUAUGGCAGUGACUAGUGACCUUGACCUUCGAUCGAGACCGCACGCAACAGUAGACGAAGUCGUUUCGCCUCGUAGCAGCAGUGUAGUGUGUGUUUGCAUCCCCGAUCGUAAUAUGGAGGAGGACAUAAACUACAAAACAAUGUACGAAAACAUGAGCGAGGAGCCCGAUCGCGAUCGUCAUCCUCAUCGCAAGAUUAAGAUGUCAUCAACCAAUGACGAGGAGAAGAUCUACGGCUGGUUGUUGAAGGACUUACGCCCAGACGAGCUUGCCCUUCUGGACUACUUCGAAGACGAGGACGAGUAUGAGCGGCUGUUGCUCAGGGUUAUCGAGGCAAGUAGAAGAAUGCCAGUAGAUCAUCUAGAUCAUAAAGAUCAACUUCAACUUCAACAAGAGGACCGUAGGACAAGAAGUACAGACUACACUGACUCCAUUUCAACAACCACGACAACUUCACGGGAGGUUGCCACAGCUACGGUUGGUCACCAAGUAGAAGAUGCAGAAGCUUCUAGGACGACCCCUCUCCAGUCGUGCUUCGUGUACGCUUAUCGGGAGUCGCAAGUGGGCGAACUGCUUACAGAAGGUCGAAAGUGGUCGCUGGAGGAGGACUUGUUGCCAAGUAUUGAUAGCUACAUCAGCGACUCUGUGUAUUGGAGAGGGCAGUUUUUUCAAGAGCGGCAAGACCGAGAGCAUCAAGAGCAGCGGCUUGAAAGGAAUUGA